CGAGUUUCGGCAUCCACCCUGUCAUUGUCCAUCGAGACGCUGUCAUUUCCUCUCGUUCUUCAUCACUCCUUACAUCCAUUUAGUUUUCUAGUUCUGUCAAUUUUCAUGAGAAGGGCGCCAUCAUGGCUCCCAAACAGCGCAAUGGCGACGUGGUCGCUGUGAUUCCCGGCGACUGGAUCACGCACGCGCAUACUUUUACCGCAUACGCAGCCUUCAUCGGCGCUCUCAUUGUCGGAAUGGCCUUGCAUUACCACAAAAUCGUAGAAAACGAGCAUUUCGGAUACCCGAUUGAAUGGUUUCCUUCGGUCAGCGCAACCAUUGGUGAUCGCUACCCGGAGCGCGCCAUCUUCCAAGUCUUCAUCGCCAUCUGCUCCGGUCCUCGCUUCGUUCUGGUAUUCCUCUGGUACUGCCUCUCAGCCAAUCGACCGAACAGCUCCUUGCCGAAAUUCGUCGCUGGUGUCGGCGUUUUCAGAACGUUGACUUGUGGAGGAUGGACAUACGUGACAAGCACAGACGACCAUGACUGGCACGAUAUUUUCAUGAUCAGCUACUUGGUUGCUACUCUUCCGUGGACUCUAGGCUGCCUGGCGCUGAGCCCGCCCAAUCCGCAGGCGAUUAAGUACCGCAAAUAUUUGGCUGGCGCUUUCUUCGGAACACUUGUUCCACUUGUCUACUUCUUCAUUCAGCAUAAAGUGCAUCGUGUGCCAGGAGCAUACACAAUUUACGCAUUCUUCGAGUGGGCUCUCGUGCUCCUCGAUGUCGCCUUUGACGCAGUCACUGCGCUAGACUUCUCCAGCUUAGAGCUGACCAUCAAGGACACCAAAGGCUUAAGCAGAGGCGACAACAAGCGUGGAGUAGAUAGUGCGGUAGAAAAGGUCAAAGACAAGCCCAUUGGGCAGAUCCUUGACACGCGCUUCUCAUGGUCGGAGCUUGCGGAUGCUGCUGCGGAUGUCUACCUGGGAUUCACCUUCUGGUCCAUCCUCACCAGCCUAGGUCUCGUUGUCUGGUACUUUCCUCUAUGGCACAUGGGAAUUUCUGGUUACGAGGUGGCUGUGAUGGCCACCAUCUCGCCCCUGUUCCUGGAGAUCCCACCAAUUCGCCGUCUAGUCGUCAACACUUUGCCUGUAUCAAUUGCCACCACAAUCGCCGGACUGCUUGCGUACUUGGCCAAAUCUCCCGAGAACCGCCUUGGUGCGAUUAGUCUAGCCGUAUGGCAGGGCGCCAUCGCCUGGACGGCGAUCUGGUACCGCAAUCGCGGAAAUGCGGCCAUGCUGGAAAGCAAGAUCUCUGCUUUUGUCAUUGGACUUAUUGCCAGCAGCGUUGCCAAAUUCGCCUUCUGGACCAACAACCCUGUUUGGCCCAUUAUGCAUGCGGAAAACGGCGGUAUGAACAAGACUGGAAUAUUCUUGUUCGUUCUGGCCGUUGCGCGGAUUGUCCAGAAGAGGUCUAAGCACUUUGACAACAGCUCUCCGCCCUUGGAAAAGCCCAAAGGUCCUUCCGUGCUCGCUGGACUCGGUGUGGGCGGUCUCCUUUUUGCUCUGCAUUCAUUGCUCUCAGAUUCAAGCACAAUGAUUCUUUGGGUCUGGGAAGGGUUCCCAGUGCGUGGUCCUCAAGCUGUUCCGCACGGCGCUGUCACUAUCUUCGUCAUGAGCUUAGGUCUUGCCUUUGGUCUGUUCUAUCCUAGCGUUUCCCGAAGCUGGACUGCUUUCGGCGUUGGCUCCAUUGGCGCAGCUGUCCUCACAACCUUCUCUCACUGGACUGGCUACUAUGGCGCGCUGGUCCUCACGUUUUACUUGACUGCAGUCUCACCUGCUCUCAUUUCGAACGCUAUCCGAUUCUCACCAGGACGAACUUUCUUCGUUGGAUUCUUCUCCUAUAACAUCAUGGUUCUGUUCCACGUCUGGGUUGUUGCUUAUGCAUUCGUGCCAGGUGGUCCAUUAGUGCGCGAGCACACCGAUUGGGUCAUGACAACAACCAUGAUUCUGAUUGGCUGCGGUGUCUUCUCAGCGACGCAAAACAGUGCAACCACUAGACAAAAAUCAUUCCAGCCUGCUUCCAAUCCUACGACGCGUCGCCAGAGGACCUAUUACAUUUACAUCCUCCUUGGACUGCAGCUCCUUGCAACAAGCAUCGCAUACCUCAGGUUCCCUGGCUACAAUUACCAACCUUACCACAAGGACAGCAAGCUCAUCACCGCCGGUAUCUGGACAAUUCACUUCAGCAUUGACAACGACAUGUGGAGUUCUGAGCGUCGCAUGGAGGCUCUGAUUCGUGAGACUGAACUGGACGUGGUCGGCUUCCUUGAGAGUGAUACUCAGCGCAUCAUCAUGGGUAACCGUGACUUCACACAAUACCUUGCGGAGGAGCUCGGCAUGUAUGUCGAUUACGGCCCGGGCCCUAACAAGCACACUUGGGGAUGCGCGCUGCUCUCCAAGUUCCCCAUCAUCAACUCUACUCAUCACCUUCUGCCCAGUCCUGUUGGCGAGUUGGCUCCUGCCAUUCAUGCCACCGUUGAUGCUUACGGCGAGCUGGUUGACAUCUUUGUCUUCCACUCUGGACAAGAGGAGGACCCCGAGGACCGUCGGCUGCAAAGCGAGUAUCUCGCUAAGCUGAUGGGCAGCUCCAACCGACCAAGCAUCCUGCUCUCUUACCUAGUAACCAAGCCCAAGGAGGGCAACUACAACACAUACGUUUCCGAGACGAGUGGCAUGCGAGAUAUUGACCCUAGCGACUGGGACCGAUGGUGCGAGUACAUCCUCUACAAGAACUUGCGCAGAAUCGGCUACGCGCGUGUUAGUCGAAGCACCAUCACCGACACUGAACUUCAGGUUGGUAAAUUCAUCGUCGGCCAAUCCGAGGGUAGUGAUGAGAUGAUCUCAGAAGAUCAAGUGCCAGAGCCUUACCGUUUCCCUGCUAUGUUCCGGGGCGAGGGUGUUCGUGAUCACCGUUACCACGUCUUUGACGAGCCCAGGUACUACUCGUAGUGGUGAUGUGUAUAGAAUAGUGCUGUUGGACGUAUGUAUAAAUUUAUCCAAUCAUUUUCGUCUUGGCGGAGCUAUCUUUACGAUUUUGGGUUAUGCAUUUGAAUUCUAAUCCCUG